GUUUUUAUUUGUUUUCACUGCCUUAACUUGAAGUGUAGUGGAAUACGAGUAGUCGAUAUGAAAAAACUUAUAAAUUACACUCGCCACAAACGCUCACCUUUGCGUUAGAUUAGACGUUACAAAAGUCCUUCACCAUCUGGCAGCGCCGCGAACAGAUGUCAACAGUGUCCGACGGGGCAAAGGGAGAAGCAGGGAUAAUGUCGAGCGAUGAACUGUAUCGCAUCAAAUACUCUAGCUCGCGCUAUCAGCGCCACCAGAGCGACGAGAAGGUGCCUUUGAAUGCCAGUUCCUUGCAGUGGCAGCGCCAACAAUACGGAUACGAUUCGUCCUUGGAUGAGGUGGUGCGUCGGCGGCUCCAGGCCUCCCCAGCCUACAUAGAUCGUCUGGAACAGGAGGCGGUUCUGGCUGGUCAUGAUGGCUGCGUCAAUUGCUUGGAGUGGAGCAGUGACGGUCUGUUGCUGGCCUCGGGCUCAGAUGAUUUCAGAGUUAUGAUCUGGAACCCUUUCCGCAAGCAGCGCGUUCAUGUGAUAAAUACCAAGCAUCUGGGGAACAUGUUUUCGGUGAAGUUUCUACCCAGGCACAACAACAGCAUUUUGGCUACGUGUGCGGCAGAUAAAUUCAUUUACGUCUAUGACAUCAAUCACGCCAAUGAGACGCUGUUCUCCUGUAACUGUCAUACGAUGAGAGCGAAGCGACUGGCUACAGCACAGGAUUCACCGCACAUAUUUUGGUCUGCGGGCGAGGAUGGUUGCAUCCUACAACUGGACAUGCGGGAGCCACAUCGCUGCCGUCCCGAAGAAGGCACUGGCGUGCGGCUGCUUAGCUUGAGCAAUCAGGUUGAGGCGACCACAGAGGCAAAAUGCUUGGCCAUAAAUCCUAGACGAACGGAGUAUUUGGCUGUGGGAACCAACGAUCCCUUUGCCCGCAUCUAUGAUCGUCGCAAGUUGCCCACUAGUGGUGCUAAUGAAUCCGUUGGGUGCGUUUCGUACUAUGCGCCUGGACAGAUUGUAAAGGACACCACCAGGAACAUUGUCCACGAGUCGAGGGCCAUAACAUAUCUCACUUUCAAUGCAAAUGGCACGGAAUUGCUCGUCAACAUGGGCUGUGAACACAUCUAUCGCUAUGAUCUAAACAACGCCGAGCCUCCUGUUUUCUACGAACUGCCUGCCUACUCUGCCCACGCCACACACGAAGAGGAAGAGUUCAAGACACCUCACAAAAGCCGCUCCUUACCUUCCAGCAUUGAAUUGCAUAAGAAACAGGGCAAUGAACAUCUGGAAAAUGGAAAACUAGUGGCUGCUAUUGAGGCCUAUUCAACUGCAUUGGCCAAGUAUCCACGGGGAGAAGUUCUGUAUCUGAACAGGGCUACGGCACUGAUGCGGCGUGGAUGGUUUGGUGACAUUUAUGCAGCUCUACGGGAUUGUCAUGAGGCUCUUCGCCUAGAUCCCACCUAUGUCAAGGCUCAUUUUCGGCUGGCGCGGGCCCUGCUGGAGCUUCGUCGUCCCCAUGAUGCGGAUAAAUGCCUUCAAGCGCUCAUUCAGCGAUUCCCCAGUUUCGCCAACAACCAUGGUGUCCUCAUGCUGCACAAGGACAUCAAGGAAAAUCGACGACAAUCCGAGAACACUGAUGCCCCAAGUCCAGAACCAGUACUAGUGAACGAUGGCUCGCGGUAUCUACGCCUGACCGACGAGGAAUACAAUCUACGAUGCGCUGCCAAGGAUUACAAACAUCGCUAUGUGGGUCAUUGCAAUAUCACUACGGACAUUAAGGAGGCCACUUAUCUGGGCAUCCAUGGCGAAUUCAUUGCCGCCGGCUCUGAUGAUGGAAAUUUCUAUAUUUGGGAGGGGGAAACGGGAAAAAUUCGAGCCGCCUAUCGUGCCGACAGUGCCAUUGUGAACUGCGUGCAGCCGCAUCCCACUAUCUGCAUGUUGGCCACCAGCGGCAUUGAUCACGACGUCAAGAUCUGGUCACCGUGUGCACCUAGCUCCGCUGAGCGGCCUAAUCUCAUUCGGGAUGUUACGCGCACGGUUGAAGAUAAUCAGCAAAAGAUGCGAACCGAUCCAUUUGAACUGAAUACACGUAAUGCGUAUUGUUUCAAUAACUGAGAAGAACUGUAGCGUAAUGUGAAACUAGAUCAAAUCCCGCAAUCAAUGCAUUGUAAUUCUAAUGCAUUGGCCUGCGAAUAUGAUCCAGCAAUAUAUCAAAUAAUAGUGUAAUUUAUUAUAAGGGAACAUAUUUUUGUUAAUGUGUAAACGAAAUAUGAUAUAUAUGAUAUACAGAGUAGAGUACACGACGGCCCUAAUGAAAAAUGACAAUUAUGUUAUGAAAAAUCAAAUCAAAUAAAAACAAAGAAAUUUUUCUCAAAUGUCUUGUGUUUUAUAUUCUUCCACAACCGCGUCCACGAAUUGACUGGGAUAAAGUAUCGAGGGUAAGCACAAGUAUUCGUAUUUUUUUUUGGAAUUAUUCUGUUUAUUUACCGUAGUUAUUUAAAUCUAUGCUCACAUGUAUACAUAUACAUACUCGUACAUAUAAAUAUUUUACUUUAUGUAAUAAUAUUCAAGUAUAGUUCUUUCUCCGCAUCGUUCCUUUCCUUUUCUGUUUAAACUUAGUUGAAUCUUCCUUGUUUUGCCUUCGGUUUUUAGUUAAAAUAUAUAUGUGGGUGUCUUGUGUUUUUCAAAAGUUUUGAGAAUACAUCGUAAUCAUAUUGUAAAGGUCGCCACAACAAAAAAUUAAAGUACAAUUUUGCAUUUUUUUGUUUUUAUUCAUUAACUAUAGAUGAAGGAUGUUUUUUAUGGUGUUGAAGUUGUUGGGUCUGUGUGUGUGUGUGCGUGUGAUUGAGUUUUGUGUAUAGGGGCU